GAAGAAGAAGUAUAAACUUUGGGGGAAAAAUGGCGUCCGACGUGAGCCGUGAUGGUUCAGAAAACAAACGAAAGUUAGAGGCAAAUGAAGAUGAAUGGGUCGGUCCUUUGCCUAGCGAGGCUACGCAAACAAAAAAGAAGAAAGUUCUUGAAUAUGAAAGAGUUUAUUUGGAAAAUUUGCCCUCCGCCUCCAUGUAUGAAAGAAGUUACAUGCACAGAGAUGUUAUUUCCCACAUUGUUUGCUCCAAAACAGAUUUUGUUAUCACGGCGAGUCAAGACGGCCAUGUAAAAUUCUGGAAGAAGGAGGAGGAGGGAAUAGAGUUUGUGAAACACUUUCGCAGUCACUUAAGUGUGAUCGAGUGUGCUUCUGUAAGUGCUGAAGGUGCACUUUACUGCUCCGUGGGUGAUGAUCAAGCUAUGAAAGUUUUUGAUGUGGUCAACUUCGACAUGAUCAACAUGCUUAAACUUGGCUUCCAUCCAGGCCAAUGUGAAUGGAUUUAUAAUCCGGGCGAUGCCAUUUCCACAGUCGCCUGUUCGGAGAAAUCAACAGGGAAGAUUUUUGUUUACGACGGUCGUGGAGGGAAUCAGCCUUUGCACAGGUUUGACAAGAUGCACAGCGCGCCUCUGUCUCAAAUCCGCCUGAAUCCAAAGUAUCGCGUCAUCGUCUCUGCGGAUAAAGCGGGGAUGAUUGAAUACUGGACGGGGCUCCCGAGCGAUUUCAAAUUUCCACGGCAGGUGGAAUGGGUGUAUAAGACGGACACGGACUUGUACGAGUUUGCCAAGGGCAAAACGUAUCCUUCCAGCCUGGCUUUCUCUCACGACGGCAAGAAAAUGGCCACAAUCGCUACAGACCGCAAAGUGAGGAUUUUCAGAUUCCUGACUGGAAAGUUGAUGAGGGUGUUCGACGAAUCGUUAACGAUGUUCACGGAGCUCCAGCAGAUGCGCCAGCAGUUGCCUGAUAUGGAGUUUGGCCGCAGGAUGGCUGUAGAGCGAGAGCUGGAGAAGGUGGACGGCAUUCGACACGCCAACAUCAUCUUUGAUGAGACCGGACACUUCGUGCUGUAUGGCACUAUGCUGGGCAUCAAGGUCAUAAAUGUGGAGACUAACAGGUGUGUGCGGAUCCUUGGGAAACAGGAGAACAUCCGUGUGGUGCAUCUUAGCUUGUUUCAGGGUGUAGCCAAGGCCAUGCAGGCCGCUCCGACCAUUGAGAUGAAGGCCUCCGACAACCCAGCUCUGCAGAGCCAAGACCCAGACCCAACCAUCUUCUGCACGGCCUUCAAGAAGAAUCGCUUUUACAUGUUUACAAAGAGAGAGCCGGUGGACACCAAGAGCGCCGAAUCUGACCGCGACAUCUUCAACGAGAAGCCUUCUAAAGAGGAAGUGAUGGCGGCCACACAAGCAGAAGGGCCAAAAAGAGUGUCAGACAGCGCCAUCAUCCACACCACGAUGGGCGACGUACACAUCAAACUCUUUCCUGUGGAAUGCCCUAAAACUGUGGAGAACUUCUGCGUCCACAGCAGGAACGGCUACUACAACAGUCACAUAUUUCAUCGGGUCAUCAAGGGUUUCAUGAUCCAGACCGGUGACCCAACGGGCACAGGGAUGGGUGGAGAAAGCAUCUGGGGCGGAGAGUUUGAAGACGAGUUUCAUGCCACCCUGAGACACGACAGACCAUACACCCUCAGUAUGGCCAAUGCAGGCCCAGGAACCAACGGCUCGCAGUUCUUCAUCAACGUCGUCCCAACGCCCUGGUUGGACAACAAGCACACUGUCUUUGGGAGGACCACUAAGGGGAUGGAGGUUGUCCAGAGGAUCUCAAACCUUAAAGUCAACCCCAAGACCGACAAGCCAUACGAAGACAUCAGUAUCAUAAAUAUCACCGUCAAAUAAAUAGUCCCGUUGAAAGACCAAUCUUCUGUUUUUGUAAAAUAAAGAACCAUUUUUUUAA